GAAUGAAUCUGAAGUCUGCUGCAGGAAAGCACUGAAGCUUUAACAUGUUUUCUUGCACAAAACUCAAACUUUAAGUAGCUGCUUAUGAGCUUAGGGAAGGCAGGACGCUAAUGUCUGUCUCAAGACACAGGACAGCUGUUUGCUCAUCAUCCUCAACUGUGUGUGCAGCGGGGGAACAUGGCCCAAGAAGCGAACCACAGCCAGGUGCCCAUGCUGUGCUCCACGGGCUGCGGGUUUUACGGGAACCCGCGCACCAACGGCAUGUGCUCCGUGUGCUACAAGGAACACCUGCAGCGACAGAACAGCAGUACCGACCGGAUAAGCCCCCCCGCCACAUCUGUCAGUAGCCUGUCUGACUCUCUACCAGUUCAGUGCACAGACGGCAGUGUCCCGGGAGCACCGUCCACGCUAGAUUCGACGUCUUCAUCUAUGCAGCCAAGUCCUGUAUCAAAUCAGCCACUUUUAUCAGAAUCUGUAACAUCUUCCCAAGGGGAUAGCACAUCUGAGGACAAAGCAGCGCCUGAGACAGAAGACCUGCAAGCUUCAGUAUCAGAUAUGGCCCAGCAGCCGACCGAAGAGCAGGACAAAUCUCUCGAAAAACCAAAACAGAAAAAGAAUCGCUGUUUCAUGUGCAGGAAGAAAGUGGGACUUACCGGGUUUGAAUGCCGGUGCGGAAAUGUUUACUGCGGGGUACACCGCUACUCCGAUGUUCACAAUUGCUCUUACAAUUACAAAGCCGACGCUGCUGAGAAAAUCCGAAAAGAAAACCCGGUGGUGGUCGGCGAAAAGAUCCAGAAGAUUUGAGCUCCUGCUGGAAUACAAAGUCCUUUGACCAUCUGCAAACUAAACAUUGACUUGAGGUGUUUUUCCUGGUCAGUGGGCGGGUAGAGCAGUGUCCCUUGCAUAGACCUCUUAAUCAUGCAUGUCACCAGAAGAAUAGAUUUUUGUUUUUGUUUUGAAAAUGACUCUCGAACAUUUAUUUCCAUUGCAGUUUCUGUGGCUGAGGAGACUUAAGUAAACUUUGCGAGUAUUAUCCUUUUCAGACCCUUUCCAUUCUAGUUGAGCGCAGAGGGCUUUUAUAACAAACGUGGAGAAAUUUUGGCGGGCUGUGAUUUCUUUACUUCCUCCCCCCAGUAUUAAACAUGCAUGCGUUAACCUUGCGGUUGAUUUUCUCACUGUGUCUGUACAUAGAGCUUUUCUCUGCAGCACGACUCCUCUUUUGAUAAUGCCCCCGGGGCACAGCUAGUUACCGGUCACUGAAUGUAUCUGAAUCAUUACGGCUGCUUCCGUUUCUUCCUUAACCAAGGUUCUACCUACGUUAGCAUAGCUUCUUUGCACCCACUAUUUAUGUCUGAAUCAUUUGUCACAGGAGAGAGUGUGCUGAGGAGAUUAACUAGAGUUUGUAUGUUUUAAUUUCUUUUUUUUUUUUUUUUUUUGAGCGAGGGAAGAGAAAGCUGAGUGCAUUUCAUCGCUGACCGCAGGUUUCUUUCAGAUUGCGUUCAUCGGUCUGUGUGUACACGAUAUGAAGAAUGAUCUGAAGUAAUUGUGCUGUAUUUAUGUUUACCCACCAGUCUUUGAUUAAAUAAAAAGCAAAACCACGA